AUGUACGACAAAAGCUACGAUUUCGAUACCCAGUCUUUGUCAAGCACGGCACCCCUUCUUGAUGACGAUGACCGCAGCUCAACCUAUCAGGCGCCAAGGAGAGUACCACCGGUGUACUACUUCUACAAAGGCAAUGGGGUAACUUCAAAGGCUCGUGUUGUCUCAGCGGAUGGUUGCGACUACUAUCUCGACGCCGAUGUGCACCAGUCCAAGGAUUCGACUAUCAAGCUGCUUGCUGGCAAGAACAACAAAGGCUCAUCUUCAAUUGGAACAGUUACAUUUCCGCUAACCCACAACAACUUCCACAUGAACCUGUCCGGCGCAAAAGACAGCCCGGACGGUACGUUCUCCAUGAUCCAAGCGCGAGCUCGUGUUGGGCACCCACAUCCCAACGCAUACAACAUCAAGCUGCCCGCGACUGCAACUUCUCAAGCACGAGAAGUCUCCUGGACGCUAUCCUCCCGCAACAAUCCCAAGGUCGUGAGCUAUAAGCUUUGUGAUGAUACGAAUCGUCUCAUCGCUACUUGGUCACUCGUAGCCGACCAGAAGUACCAGGCUGUGCUCCGAUGGCACGUGGAUCCACCCAGCGAGGUUGAGGAGAGGAUCGUGUUGCUCUCGUUCAUCGGCGGACUUUCACGACUGAAGCUGAAGGGCAAGGGAGAGGUCAAUGACAUGCGGUCCACCAUGACCAGGUAUAAUGGUUUCUGGUUCAUGGCUAUCCUGGGCACCGCUGGCGUGGCCUAA